UUCUCUCUCCCCUUCCCUGAGUUCCUGCCACUUCUCUAGUCUACCUUUGGAAAUCCAUCAGUCAUGCUUUUUUGGCAUAGCCAACCUGAUCAUUACUGGCCAAGUCCGGGAGAAAUGUAUUCUUGUCCUGGCAACAAUCUCAUAAGAGAGCCACUGGCACUGCCCUUCCUAAAGCAGGAAGAACCAAACAUUUCAACAUCAGCUGAGCAGCAUUGCCCAUCUUUACAGUAUAUUCUGUGUGCUGUUACCUCUCCAGCUGUCAAACAACAUGAGGAAACUCUCACCUAUCUCAACCAAGGGCAAUCAUAUGAAAUCCGGAUGCUGUGUAAUCCCAAAAUAGGUGAAUUUGCUGAGGGACGGAAGCUGCUGAAGAGUGUAAUCAGGGUAGUCUUCCAUGACCGAAGACUGCAGUACACGGAACACCAGCAAUUAGAGGGAUGGAGAUGGAACAGGCCAGGUGACCGCAUCCUGGAUAUCGAUAUCCCCAUGUCUGUGGGCAUUCUGGAGCCCCACAUGCCCUCCACUUUGCUCAAUACUGUGGAAUUCCUGUGGGACCCAACUAAGCGCACUUCAGUCUUUGUGCAGGUCCACUGCAUUAGUACUGAGUUCACACUUCGUAAGAAUGGUGGGGAAAAAGGGGUCCCCUUUCGCAUCCAAGUUGACACCUUCAAGCCCAAUGAGAAGGGUGAGCACAUGGAACACUUGCACUCCGCCAGCUGUCUCAUCAAAGUCUUCAAGCCCAAAGGAGCAGACCGGAAACAGAAAACAGAUAGGGAGAAGAUUGAAAAACAGUCCCUCCAGGAGCGGGAGAAGUACCAGCCUUCAUAUGACAGCACAAUAUUGACAGAGUGUGCCCCUUGGCCUGAAGUUUCCAGCAAUAUCAGCAGUCCUCCACCAACGCCUGGUCUUGUCUCUCCACAUCCCUUCAAACUUCAGACCCCUGAAAGGUACACUAUGCCGAGCCAUCUGUAACGGCAUUCCUUCUCUAGUUUGGUCUUGGGAUAUCUGUAAGAUAAACUGUCUUUGUUGCUCUUUUUGGCAGGGUCUGCUCCUCACCCAGUUAUGCCUUGGACAGCUCAUCAGAGAGCACGGCAGAGGUAACGAAUAGUAUAUGUA